UCGUCCAAUCCAAACAUUUGCGACAUACCACUGCGACUGAUACCAAUCUCGCCAUUGAUCAAUCGCAACGCUCUCUUUUAUUCACUUGAACUUGAGUGAAUUUCUGAUUAUUCGUUCACCUCUUCACCCACAUAUUCACAUAACCCCGAACAAAUACCGUCACGAUGGCCACCGAUAGCAGCGCUACCCUCCCCCAAGAUGGUUCCGCCACCAAGGCCGUCGACCAGCCUCUGAAGGGUAAGGGUAAGGCCACCGCCGAGGAUCCCGUCGACACCGCCAUGGACGAGGACGAUGAUGAUGACGACGAGGAAGAGGAAGAGGGCGAGGGUGGCGACGAAGAUGCGGAUGACAACAUGGACGAGAUUGAUCUCAACAACAUCGUCGAUGGUGGUCGCCGAACCCGUGGCCGCGUUAUCGACUGGGCCAAAGCUGCCCAAGACCACCCCGCUGAGGACGAUGAUGAUGAGGAUGAGGACGACUACGAGCCUGCCGGCGAGGAACAGGAGCAGGAUCACGGAGACAAGAUGGACGAGGAUUAAAUUGGUUCGCCAAUCCUCUCCCCUGGCGCACCAACUUGUUCGGUACAGGAAUUUCAACUUGUCUACCAAUCGGAUCUGCAUCGACAAACAUUUUCCUCGGCGUUUUAGGAGCCUCAUCACCAUCGGCUUUACUAUAACUUGACUUUCGGCUCUUAGUCUCAGAUACUCACGAAUUUCGGACAUGGACGGACAAUUGCGGGCGGAACGUUAUGGCUGUAGCAAGCAACGGUAGCUAAAGAUCUACUCUGGACUGGGUUCGGCCCAGCUUAUGAACAUGAAUACGCACAUGAAAUAAAACGAUUUGCACA